AUGAACACGACGAAGAGUUGGUUUCAAAAGGCACGAGCGCAAACCUUGAAGUCUGGUAAAAAUGACAACAACAGGAACCCGACUGCUAGCAUGAGUAGUGAGGGCAACAGUCCAAGUAUCACAAACGCCUCAGCCAGCAGCUACCAGACCCUCCCACCGACGUUCGAGAAGACGCCCACUCAAUAUCUGUACAAGGCCGCGAGCGUCAGAGGCCUGCCAUCUAUGAUGCCUGACGUCGUCAACGUCUACAACCUGGAUUGGCAUGAACUGAAGCCAUUUCUGGAGAAGAGAUAUCCUGGCGUGCCUUUCAAGGAUCAAGAGGGGGUGGAGGAUCAUUACCUGAUAUACGUCCCGUCGCUAUUGACCCAGGCUGAUCGAGACGAGAUCCAAGAUAUCCGAAAAGCUUACAGAGAUAGAGCCAGAUCGAAGGCGAAGAACCCGGGUGGAAGCGGUCGAAAUCGACAGGAGCACAGCCCGGACGGGCCCAGGCGGUCAUUGGAGGCUGAUGAUGACUGA